AUGAAGUCGGCCUUCUUUGAUAAGAACCUCAAGGUUGAAAUCCGCGACAUCCCGGCACCUGUUCCCGAACCAGGGCAGGUUCUCAUUCGCACUGUUAUUUCUGGUACAAACCCGAAAGACUGGAAAUAUCCUAAGCACUGGGGUCCGGAAUCGGAGCCGAGCAACCACGGAGACGAUAUCGCUGGAUAUGUGGAAUCUGUCGGCGAAGGUGUCGUAGGAUUCCGCAAGGGCGAUAGAGUGGCCGCGUUCCACCAAAUGUGGACUCCAUACGGCAGCUACGCAGAAUACUCGAUUGCCUGGGCUAAAUCGGCCUUCCAUCUGCCAGCCAACGUCUCAUUUGAAGAAGCUGCAACGGUCCCGCUCGCUGCAAUGACCGCCUCCCUGGCUUUAUACCAAAAGCUCAACAUGCCCCUACCGUGGAAUCGAGCAACCGACCGCUUGCCACUGGUUGUUUAUGGUGGAUCCACGGCUGUUGGAUCAUAUGCCAUCAAGCUGGCUCGUCUUUCGAACAUCCAUCCCAUCAUUGCAGUUGCUGGGAAUGGCUCCCCUUACGUCGAAACCCUACUGGAUAAAUCCAAAGGUGAUGUUGUUAUCGACUACCGGAAGGGUCGAGAUCACAUUGUUGAAGAGGUGCGCAAGGUUGGAGGUAGUGAUGUCACUCACGCAGUUGAUUCGGUGUCCGAGCAUGGCAGCAUUACAACCCUUGGCAAGGCUCUGGGCAAAGGUGGCAAGAUUGCCACUGUUCUGACACCCGAAAUGGCACUUACAGGAUCUGAAGAUCCCGGAAAGAGUGAAAUUCUGUUCACCAUGGUGGGAACCGUUCACCAAGAAGUACCCGCUGAUGCUGCACUCGACGACCGUCAAUUUGGCGCUAUCUUCUUCCCAUUCCUGGGACAGGGCCUCGCAGAGGGCUGGUUUAAGGGACAUCCUUAUGAAGUGGUUUCAGGUGGACUGGAUGGACUUCAAAAUGUGCUCGAAGUGCUUGAGCAAGGCAAAAUUUCGGCCAAGAAGUUGGUGCUCAGAAUAGACGAGACAAACGGAGUGAGCAGCGCUUAG